AUGUACAAUGCAUGCAGUCUUUAUUUGUGUUUCGCGCAGUGCGUUAUCGUUUGCAAAAGGUGCAUAUCGGUAGAGGAAGUGUUAAUAGACUUGUUAUUAAAAGCAAGUAACCGACGAUGUACAGAUAAUACUGCGAUAGAAUUCGAUCGCUAUGGCCAAGUACAUAAAGUCUAUAUUCCAGCCGAGCGAGACCCGAAGGACGGUCAGUUAUGAGGGCAGCAGUGAGGAGGACAGAACGGACCCUCCGCUUGAUGGGAGGAGGAAGCUGUCUAUAUCCCGGUCUGGGAGGAUGAGACAGGCUCAAAAGAAGCGGCUGUCUUUGAGCUUGGAAAUCUAUGGAGCUGAUGGCGAGAAUCUCCCAACGGAAAAGCCGAAAUCGGUGGAAUACCACGUCAACCCUGCAUCGCCCCCUGUCCAAACAUUCACGAACCAGCGCCGGCGUAGUGGAGAGUCCAGGGGAUCUUCGGACAGCGGGAAGGUCAUCCUAAGAGGCCAGGGGAACCAGGUGACCGUGGUCUGUAAGGAGAAUACUAGCCCUGUUGUGACGAGUCCUGAUGAGGAAAUCGAUAGCGCUUUUGAGAUUAUUGACAAACCUUAGCAUAGUUGGUUAGGAUUAGGAAAUAAUGUCUGAUGGAAGGGAGAGUUAAGCUUGGUAUAUACUAGAGGUUAAAGUACAUACCAGUUGUAAGUAAUCAACUGCCAUUGUGUACUUACGCUAGCUAGCAAUUAUCAUGCCUGUAGGUAUACAGGGUGGAAACGAUAAGUGAUCUCACUCUAUUAUUUCUAAACUGAUUACUGAUCCUGAAAGUGCUUCACGAGCACUUUCAAACUGUACCAAUAAUAGGUUUCAGAAUAAACUGGAACUAUCCGAAAAUUCAAUGUUUCUAGCUGAAAGAGCUCGUGAAGCACUUUCAGGAUCAGUAACCAGUUUUUCGAUAUCUUGUAUAGUUUAGAAAUAAUCGAGUGAGAUCACUUAUCGUUUUAAUGAUAAAGUAUCGUUUCCACCCUGUAUAGCAAGAUACACACAUUUGAUCGGAUUUUUUUAGUUGAAAAUAGUGGCAUACAUGGAUUAUGCAAAUUGCAUGCAAGUGUAGUGUAUCCAUAGCGCCAGUUACUUGCUCGUAUCGUAAACAAGCAUAUGCAAGCUACUUUUCCGUUUUACUGGCGUAGGCUACUCGGACGUGUGGGGUGUCAUUAUUUUGUCCCUAGUGAACACACAGCUUUACCUAGUGUGUAGGUACAAUUUAUUUUAGUGUAAGCUCAUUUGGGUACUUUUCUAGGUUGUUAGAAUUCGAGAGAGUUCCUUUUGUCGUAUAAUUAAAAGUGAUUUUAUAAAUUAAUACUACCUUUUAGCAGUAGGUACCUACAUAAUGGAUUAUAGUCUUUUUCACCUAAGAUGAUCCGUAUGACGUUUCGAGUUUGAAAGAUUUAGAGAUGUCACAUAACUAAACCAUAGCGAUUUAUCUAUCGAUUUUUUUCGAAGUGUUAAUAAAACCUACUUUUAGAGAAAUAUUUUGUAUAGGUGUUAUUUAACAAAAAACAUGUUUUUUUUUAUUACAAAUAUUAUUGUAACAAUUUUUUUAUUGAUAAUAUUCAAAUUUCAUGGUUCGUGUUAAAAAAAAACGAUUCCUAAAUAGUACUGGUUCUGUUUCUUUAAAUUAAAAACUAUUAAUUUAUUUUCAAUGCGUUUAUUAAAGUCAAUAAUUGAAAAAUAUAGUUGAUUUUUGUGAUGUUUUUAAUAACUAAGUAUUCACUGCAAUCGAUUAAUGAACCGCGGAAAUAAUCGAUUUUAUUAUACAAGAAAUACCCCAGCACUAAAUCUAUUCCGUUUCACACAUUGCGUACAUUAAAUAAAAAAUAUUUUUACAUCGUAUUUAAUUAAAAUAUAAUCAAUAAACUCAGAUUUUACUAUAUAUUUCAAGACAAGUAGUUAAAUUUUUUUUAUUAUAUUGCUAAUAAAAUACAAAUAUUUUUUCAAAAAUAUUCUGCAUAUGUAGUAUGCGUAAUAUGGAUAACCUUGAAGUGUCAUACGGAUCAUCUUACGUGAAAAAGACUAUAGUGUACCUACAGGUUCUGGAAUCUAGAUUUAUCUCUAUAUUUAGAAUGGAAUAAUUCCCAGUUUUAUGUGAUAUAGUGUUGUUAACUUACACGAGUUGUUUUAACUAUUGUUCGAUAUCUACUUGUAUCUAUAUUUUUAUAGUUAUAAUUAUGUUUUUGGCGCAAUGAUACUAAUGACGAGUGCUUUCUGCUACAGCAUUUAAGGUAAAUCAUUUUAUUUCUAAAACAUGUUGCAAAUUCUGUAACGUAAUUGAGUACCUACCUACACUCGACCAGUUAGGCCCAGAACAGACGGUGAAACGCAACUGCAACUUUCUGAUGAAUGACACUGAAACUGAAAGUUUCAAACUGGUCGCGUCAUAUGUGGUCUCUCAACGGACGCUAUGGCAGAAACUUAGAUGCAACUCAAAAGUAACUAUCAGUUGCAGUUUCGUUGCAGUUGCGUUUCACCGUCUGUUCUGGGCCUUAAAGACUACAUUUUUUGAUGCAACUUGGCUGUCUCUAUCGACUUGGUCGUAUUAUAGUUAUUAGUAUCAGUUUAAAUAUCUUAGUUUAAGUCAAAUUUCCGACUGUGAAUGAUAUUGUAAUUAAAAUUAAUGUUUAUAUUGAUUAGAUUAAAAGACUGAUUGCUA